GCAAAAGAGGACUCAUCGUUUUCAAUCUUAGACCUAUACGCUAACCCUGCCGCACACUAAUCAUAGGCUUCAAUGAUGCCUCUCCAAUUUACCUCUCUCCAUCGUCAACCUUCAACGACUUCAUUUGUGCUCGCGACUCUAUCUAGGUACCCCGCUCUCCACAAUGUCCUCCUCCAAUGCGUCCCCAUCAUAUCCGAUUGAGCAUCUCGAAGACUUUACACGCCAUGAGUGGUGCCAAACUCUUCUCUCCGACCCAUCGAUAACGAAGAUUAUGAAGCGCCGGAUGUCACCUCACGACGUCAGUGUGUCCAACAGCUUCUUCACUACCACGCUGUUCACAGACGGGGCUAUCCGGGCAUUUCUCUCGAUGUUUAGACCUGGCCGAGGGAGGUCGAGGACCACCGCGGAUGCGCAAGUCGUAGGUGACGCAUUGGUCGGAGACAAGGGGUCGGAACCACGAUUAACAGAGGAUGAGUCGCAAGAGCUAGAUACUCAGGACGACCUCGAUGAGCCGGAAUCACUUUUACUAGUAUCUCUAGGCAAGGCCCUUGAUGGUGGCAUCAACCGUCUUCAUGGCGGUGUUACUGCAACGCUGCUUGAUCAGGUCAUGGGCGUACUGAUAUCAUACGUCCACGCGAACACGAGUGCGACGGCGGAGUUGACCAUCAAGUACAAGAAGGCGAUACAGACGCCAGCUGUUCUAUUGUGUCGAGCAAGAAUUGUGCGGGAAGUGGGGAGAUGGAUAGAGGUGGUAGGCUGGAUUGAGGAUGGGAGGGGUGUGAUAUACGCUGAAGGCAAGGGUUCGUUCGUAAAGAGUAAGGUUGCGAAAAUAUAACGUGCGCGGUUAGUAUAAUCCCACAAUGGGGCUAGACUUUCGUUUUGCAAUUGAGAAAAUACAUGAGGCUGAUGUCGAGGCAAGUACCCCCACACCAAAGG